CUCACCAGCUUCUGCGGCAGCCCCGGCCACUACAGACGACCCUCCAGCCUUGCAGCCAGGCUGGAGCUGAGCCAACAGCCAGGAGACGACCAAAGAGGUAGGUGUUGGAGUACGCUCAUAUCCGACCGUGCCUCCAGCUUCUUCCACGAACCAGUCGCUUGUUGCCGUCAGCCUUUCCGGUCAUCAUCUGACCAGUCUCUCUUUAUUUUUUCGUGGUCUAUCCUCUCAGUCGGUAGCAAACCAUUCACGUCUCGAAUUCUCGCACUUGUGCAAGCCAUGCUGAUGUCAGGAAGGUGUGCUACGCCCCUGAUGAACAGUCGACUUGUACCGUGCUUCGAUUGAAACACCUACUCAGCGUCAGAAUUGUGUGAGGCGCCUCAGUCAGCCUUAUCUGAAAAGCCUUAUCUGAAAAGUGAUCCAGCAAUCUGUCUCCUGCAAAGCACAUUCCUCUUUGCGCCCGGCCUCCCCGGCCGUCGUGAUAGAUAUGGCGUUGUGUUCAGCUUGCAGCAGCAUUAGUGUGGAAGUACUGAUCCAAGACCUCGAAGAUCCGCCCAAUUGGUGGGGGUUGGUUAACAGCGUGUCAAAGCCGCGAGGCAUGAUUCACCUUCAGAGCGCUCUCCAACUCAAGCAAUCAUGCCCCUUGUGUGCCAUCAUUAGAGCUUCGAUAGUGCAGUACAACGGAGAUGAAAAGUUCCCGCGGCUGAAAGGCUCCUCUGCCAGCCCCCAGGAACAAUGGGAUGUUGCUGAAUUCGAGGAACACCUGAUCGAUGCACCGAUCUACUUGCGACCCAAACAGGACUUUCUUCGACGGUCAUUUCCGGAAGAGAGUGUACUCAGUGCAUGGCACCUCAGGGGCUUCACAGCCUUCGUGCCUGUCCAGGAGGAUGUUCUGACUGGCGUUGUACGACUGUUCGCGCAGCCAGGCAGUGCUGCAGCUCUGAGCUGCGAUGUCAUUGGUAGACUAGCUUUACCAUCGUCAAACUGCCCUGAAGCAUACACCCUCCUACGACGUUGGAUUGGGACAUGUGUGCAAAAUCAUCAAAUCUGCAGGGAGACUCUGUCAAGGGCACUGGUCGAUGAGACUACUCCUCCGGUGCUUCCCACACGCAUUCUCGACAUUUGGCCUGGCAACUCUAGGGACCCUCGUCUCAUUGAGACCCAUGGGUCUACUGGUUACUAUGCUGCAUUGUCGCAUUGCUGGCCCCCUCCUCAUAAGCGUCCGAUCAUGACGACCCUAGAAAACUAUGAAGACCGUAAGGCUGGUAUCCCUUGGGCCACCAUUCCCUUGGCAUACCAGCAUGCUAUCGUAGCUGCUCGAGAGAUUGGUCUUACUUAUUUAUGGAUCGAUAGUUUGUGUAUAUAUUCCCAUCGAUCCAGCAUCAAACCCCGCAGGAUCUUGAGGUUUGCACCUCAGUUUUCUGAAAGUUUUCAUGCUGACCCUUGUACGUAUUUGGCUAGUUAGAACAGGCAAUACAUUCUUCCGUG